UAUUCACUUAGCUUCUUCACUUUCUCGCUCUAUUCCUUCCAUUGAUGACGUCAGCAAUGGCGACCUCAGCUUCCUCCAUCUCAAUUGUUUCGCUUCAAGCUCAAACAACUCUAGAAUUGAACCGCCGGAGUUUUUCGUCGCCUUACUCAACCAAAACCAGAAAGCCCAUCUACUACACUCGACCAUCCGGCGGUUCAAUUCUAAUAGAGGCAUCUUCUUCUUCUUCUUCUUCUUUAUCUGCUUCUUCUUCAUCUUCAUCCGCUGUUGCCCUAGAAACUCAGCCAAUGGUUCCACCGUACAACGUAUUGAUAACUGGUUCUACCAAAGGAAUAGGAUAUGCGCUUGCGAAAGAAUUUCUCGAAGCUGGAGAUAAUGUCGUCAUAUGCUCUAGAUCAGAGGAAAGAGUGAAAUCAGCUCUCGAAAGCUUACGGGUUGAAUCGGGGAAGCAGCAUGUGUGGGGUGCCACGUGUGAUGUUCGGAAGGGAGACGAUGUAAAGAACUUAGUUUCUUUUGCACAAGAACAGCUAAACUACAUUGACAUAUGGAUAAAUAAUGCAGGAUCGAAUGCAUAUAGUUUCAAACCAUUGAUGGAGGCAUCCGAUGAAGAUUUAAUUGAAGUUGUCACGACAAAUACACUUGGUUUGAUGAUUUGCUGCCGUGAGGCAAUAAAUAUGAUGCAAACACAGCCCCGAGGUGGUCAUGUUUUUAAUAUUGACGGAGCCGGUUCUGAUGGAAGACCCACACCCAGAUUUGCGGCUUAUGGGGCAACUAAACGGAGCGUGGUGCAUCUUACAAAAUCACUGCAGGCAGAAUUGAAGAUGCAAGAUGUCAAAAAUGUCGUAGUGCACAAUCUGUCGCCAGGAAUGGUUACGACAGAUCUUCUCAUGUCUGGUGCUAACACAAAGCAGGCCAAGUUUUUCAUUAAUGUCUUGGCUGAACCAGCUGAAGUUGUGGCUGAAUAUCUUGUUCCGAACAUUAGAAAUAUUCCCACAAAUAGAUCCGGAAGACCAACUUACAUCCGUUUUCUCACCGGAUUAAAAGCUUACUCCCAGAUUUUCUCGAGACUCGCUUUUGGUGCUCGUAGAAAUCGACAUGUUCUUGAAGAGUAGUACUUAACUUGAGCCAGUUCCUGAUUUGGUGACUGUUAUGUGUACUUGAUGAAUGAAGUUCGAUGAAUGAAUGAUGUAAUCGUCAAGAAAAACAAAAAAAAGGGGUAAAAUUGCGGAUUUUGUGUAAACUAUUGGAGUAAUUGAUAAUUUAUAAAAUAUAACUUUGAAUGACUAUGUGGCCCUUAUAUU